UUCGGAAGCGAAUUGACAGAAAAGUGUAACACAUACAUACAUACAUACAUAUUCAUACUUGUUAACAAGUUGAAGCAUUCACAUAGUUUUGCUUCCAUUGUAUUGCUUCCAAGUGUAACGCAUCAACCUGUAUUUGACGUGUUGUCCGUACUUCUGUACCAGGGCCUGAAGACCGUCCCCACCGUACCGUCUGACACGACCAAGCUCCUCCUGGAUGGGAACGAGAUCGCCAGUCUGGACGGACUGGUCGCACAGACACUUCCUAACUUGAAGGAGAUCAAGUUGAACAGGAAUCGUCUGACAGGUCUGACUGGUAACGAGUUUUCCAACUUCGGAGCCUUGGAGCGAGUCGACCUCUCAGACAACAUGAUAAGCUCCCUCCCUGCAAGUGGGAUACAAGGACCGAAGAUCAAAUUCCUAUAUCUAGGGAAUAACAGACUUUCUGACAUCGAUGGAGGAGUUUUUGCCGGCCUGCGCAAUCUAGAAAUUCUAAUCCUGGAGAACAACCAGAUUACGUAUGUCUCAAACGACACUUUUUCUGGUCUUCCCAAGCUGAGAAUUCUUCUGUUCAGGAACAACAAGUUACCCACCAUCCGCGUAGACAUGUUCUCAGCCGUGACGUCACUCCGGAGGCUCAUACUAAGCGGUAACGGCAUCGCGUCAAUCCAACCACAGGCGCUCGCGGGACUCUCAGAUUUGGACUACCUGUCGUUGGCUGAAAACAAGCUAACGUCUGUGGAAGCUGACAUGUUCUCGGGGCUGCAUAACGUCAGGACCAUCGACCUGAAGAUGAACAACAUCUUGACGAUCGAGGACGAAGCCUUCAGCGGACUCCCGAGGUUGAGACGCCUGCAUCUUGAGGGUAAUUACUUGUCUGCGGUACCAACCGUGGCUCUGCGUGAAGUGCGGGACACCCUGACUCAUCUCUACCUCGGUGACAGGAUCGCAUCGUUAGCCGAGGACGCCUUCGUUGGUUUCCGAAGCCUCAACCGCCUGUGCGUCAAAGGCAACCGCAUCAGCAGCCUGCCUGACGUCGUGUUUAACGGUCUCGACAGGCUGGAAUCCCUGUCGCUUCACACCAACCCCAUCACACAGAUCCCGGUCGGGCUUUUCCGGGGAACACCUAGCCUGAAGAAGCUGCAACUUGAGAACACACAGCUGACUGAAAUCCGUUCGUGGACGUUGGAAGGCCUGGAGAAGCUGACUACUCUUCACCUGGACAACUGCAACAUCACAUCGGUAGAGUUCGACGCCUUCUACGGAAGUGAAAACCUUGAGUUCAUCUACCUCAACAAUAACGAAAUCGACUACAUCUACGCCGGGACAUUCCUCCCCCUCCAACAAGUGGAAUCCAUCAACCUCGCUAACAACAAGAUCAAGGGAAUCGAACCCGGGACAUUCGGUUCGCAUCCAAGGCUUACCAAGCUCUUCCUUCAGUACAAUUCCCUCCGCAUCCUACCCACGUUUCUUGGUUUGGGAAGUGUUGAGGAAUUUGACGCAGAUCACAACCUUCUCAGGGAAGUCCCGCCCCUGGCAUUCUCCUUCCUGCGUAAACUGGUCAAGCUGCGACUCAACAACAACCAGAUUUCCAACAUCUCGGAGUCCGCAUUUCAAGGGCUUUAUCAGCUGAAGGAGCUGGACCUGCAAGGAAACCAGCUGUCUUCGGUUUCUUCUAAAGUUUUCGGCUCUUUAUGGACCCUGGAGAAGGUGACCCUGGCGUUUAACCCGUGGACCUGCGAUUGCAACAUCCGGGACUUCAGUGUCUACGUCAUAACCCAUCAACCCUUUACCGGGGAGGUGAUCUGCAAUUCCCCGUCAGCCCUACAGGGGGAGCUCCUGGAGUCGCUGUCCCGACCCCAGCUGACCUGUGGUGCUACAUCAGAUGCCAGCACGCUCGCCGCCACUUACGUCAUCUACAUAAUCCUGUCAAUCAUUGCUAGGAUGAUGUACUGAUGGAAGAUCUUCCAGGGGACAGUG